UUUUAUUUUUCUUUUGUUUAUAAAACUGCCGUCCUUGAUUGUGGACUGUUUCCCCCCCUGUCUCUAAAAACACCAUAUAAACCCACCAAAGCUCAGCAGCCAAUCCCAUCAUCACUUACCCUUCUCUCUUUCUCUCUCUCUCUCAUUCGUUCGUUAACCCCAAAAAAUCCUCUCUCAAUCAUGUGCUGCAAACAGGGUUUGGACCAUGGAAAGGUUACUUCCAUUGAAGUACCAGAAACAGACAUGUUAGCAACACUUUUGAAUCCCAAGGACCCAACACCACAAAAGACAUGUCUGUCUCUUGUUAUUGAAGAAGCAAAGUGUAUAUCCAACAUAGCUUUGCCUAUGGUAUUAACAGGUCUUUUGCUUUACUCUCGUUCCAUGAUUUCCAUGUUGUUCCUUGGUCGUUUAGGGGAACUAGCUUUAGCCGGCGGUUCGCUCGCUAUCGGAUUCGCCAACAUCACCGGUUACUCGGUUCUUUCCGGUUUAGCCAUGGGAAUGGAACCCAUUUGUGGCCAAGCUUUUGGUGCUAAAAGAUAUAAACUACUUGGCCUCACCAUGCAAAGAAUGAUACUUGUGCUUUUAUUGACUUCAAUUUUGAUAGCUUCUUUAUGGUCCAACAUGAAAAAGAUUCUGCUCUUCUGUGGACAAGAUGAAAACAUUGCCAAUGAAGCUCAUUCUUACAUUCUUUAUUGCUUGCCUGAUCUUUUAGCACAAUCUUUUUUACAUCCUCUGCGAACAUAUUUGAGGGCUCAAUCUAUAACUCUGCCUCUCACAUAUUGUUCUACUUUGGCUAUCCUCCUUCACAUUCCGAUCAACUACUUGCUCGUUUCGGUCUUGAAUCUCGGGAUCAAAGGCGUCGCUUUAGGAUCGAUUUGGACUAAUUUCAACCUCGUGUUUUCGCUGAUCGUUUACGUUAAAAUCUCUGGCGUGUACAAGAAAACGUGGGGCGGAAUCUCGUGUGAGUGCUUGAAAGGAUGGAAAGAUUUGUUGAAUUUAUCGAUCCCGAGUUGCAUUUCGGUUUGUCUUGAAUGGUGGUGGUACGAGAUCAUGAUUUUGCUUUGUGGUUUGUUGUUGAACCCGCAAGCAACCGUGGCUUCGAUGGGGAUUUUGAUUCAAACCACUUCGUUGAUAUACAUUUUCCCAUCGUCGUUAAGCUUCGGUGUUUCGACUAGAGUUGGGAACGAGCUUGGAGCUAACAAUCCAAACAAGGCUAAACUGGCUGCGAUCGUUGGUCUUUCCUCGAGCUCAAUGAUAGGACUUUCGGCAUUGCUGUUCGCUAUACUGGUUAGGAAAAAAUGGGCUACAAUGUUCACCCAAGACCCGGAGAUCAUUGCUUUGACAUCAACGGUGUUGCCGAUUCUUGGCCUUUGCGAGCUCGGAAACUGCCCGCAAACAACCGGGUGUGGUGUUUUAAGAGGCACCGCGAGACCAAAACUAGGAGCCAACAUCAACCUAGGAUGCUUUUACCUCGUCGGCAUGCCGAUCGCGGUGUGGUUAAGUUUCUUCGUCGGGUUCGAUUUCAAAGGUCUUUGGCUUGGGCUUUUAGCCGCACAAGCGUCGUGUAUGGUGACCCUGUUGCUGGUUGUGACUCGAACCAACUGGGACAUUCAAGCCAAGAGAGCUCAAGAACUGACCAGGGCCGUCCCUGUGGAUGAUAAUGACAACAACAAAGCUGAUUCGGAUUCCAAAGAAUCUUCACCCUUAUUACAUGACAUAAACCACGACAAUGAACUUGUCUGAUUUGGAUCAGACGUGAAUGAUUUUUCUAACCAUUUUUUUCCUUUUUCUUGUGAAUUUUGUCAAAACAUUAUUACCUAGAAUGUUAUUUAGCUCCGAUUCAUGUAUAGAAUUGAAAUUCAGAGGAUAAAACAAAA